AUGCAGGGAACCCUAAGCCUCCCCUCCAAACACUCCCUCCCCACCCAGCCAUCGCGCCGCCGCACUGCGUCCGUGCGCGCCUCCAUAGCGGAGGUGGCGCCGCCGUCGGACGCCGCGGGAAGGAGCCUGUACGAGGUCCUCCGGAUCAGGCGCAACGCGUCGCCGGUGGAGAUCAAGACGGCGUACCGCACGCUUGCCAAGCUGUACCAUCCCGACGCGACCUCGCGUUUCAUGGAAUCGCCGCCGGCCACAUCCGAUUUCAUCGAGAUCCACAACGCCUACGCGACCUUGUCGGAUCCUGAUGCCAGAGCGGAGUACGAUAUUAAUCUGAAAGUUGGCUCCGGGUAUCGGAGCUCCGGGAGAGGGAGAUUCAACCCGACCCGGAAAUGGGAGACGGAUCAAUGCUGGUGA